AUGUCGACGGCCUUCUCCGACUUCGGUCCGCUCACGGAGCGGCGGCGCGUCGAGAGGCAACGGCAGCAGCGUAGGCGCGUCAUGCUCGCCGCCGGCGCCGCGUCGGUCGUGCUUAUCCUCAUUGUCAUGGGCGGCGCCGCCGUCGCAUACAACGCUAGCACCCAAGACGACUCGUCCUCGUCCUCCUCGUCGUCAUCCCCUUCCCCGUCCGGCGGCGGCUCGGGUUCCGGGUCGAACCUUAUCAGCGCGUCCAAGAGCGUCAAGAUGAUGUGCGCGCAGACCGACUACAGGGACGCCUGCGAGAAGAGCCUGUCCAAGGCGGCCGCGAACGCCAGCGUGUCGUCGCCCCAGGACAUCGUCCGAGCUGCCGUGGCGGUGAUCGGCGACGCCCUCGGGAACGCGUUCAACCGGUCGGAGGUGAUCAAGAGCGACGACCCGCGCGUGAAGGCCGCCGUCGCGGACUGCAGGGAGAUCUACCAGAACGCCAAGGACGACCUCAGGCGCACGCUCCACGGCAUCGACGCCAGCAGCAUGGACGGGGUCGACAAGCGCGGCUACGAGCUCCGCGUCUUGCUCAGCGCGGUGAUCGCGCACAUGGAGACGUGCAUCGACGGUUUCCCCGACGGGGACCUCAAGAAGCAGAUGACUGACACGAUGGAAUCCGGGAAGGAGCUGACCAGCAACGCGCUGGCCAUCAUCGAGAAGGCCUCGUCGGUCCUGGUCGCGCUCCACAUCCCGGGGUUCACCCAUCGGAGGUUACUUGGCAACAACGGAGAGGAAAACAUGGAGAAUCAACCCGAAGUCAACCACUCGGGCAUGUUCCGGGGGCGUGACGCCGCCGCCCCAGCGGCCGACAACCGGAGGCUGCUGAGCAUCGACGAAGAAGAAAACAUGGAGAAUGAACCCAAAGUAAAACACUCGAGUACGUUUCUGGGCGAGCUCAAAUACGACGACACGGCGGCCGACAGCCGGAGGCUCCUCAGCGUCGACGAAGAAGAAAACAUGGAGAAUCAACCUAAAGUAAAACACUCGGGUACGUUCCUAGGCGAGCUCAAGGACGACGUCACGGCGGCCGACAACCGGAGGUUGCUCAGCGUCGACGAGGAAGAAAACAUGGAGAAUCAACCCAAAGUCAAACACUCGGGUACGUUCCUGGGCGGGCGCAACGACGACGUCCCGGCGGCUGACAACCGGAGGCUGCUCAGCAUUGAGGAAGACACCCCACAGUGGGUGAACGGACCGGAGAGGAGGCUGCUCAAGGGCAACUUCCAGGGCAAACUCAAGCCCAACGUGGUGGUGGCCAAGGACGGCAGCGGCAAGUUCAAGACCAUCAACGACGCGCUCAAUGCCAUGCCCAAGCAGUACACCGGAAGGUACCUGAUCUACGUGAAGCAAGGGGUGUACGAGGAGUACGUAACGAUCACCAGGGCGAUGGAGAACGUGACCAUGUACGGCGACGGCGCCAUGAAGACCGUCAUCACCGGCAGCAGGAACUUCGCCGACGGCCUCACCACCUACAAAACCGCAACCUUCAGUACACGCGCAAGGCGACGGGUUCAUCGCCAUCGCGCUGGGGUUCCGCAACACGGCCGGCGCGGCCAAGCACCAGGCGGUGGCGCUGCUGGUGCAGUCGGACAGGUCCAUCUUCCUCAACUGCCGCAUGGACGCGUUCCAGGACACGCUGUACGCGCACUCCAAGGCGCAGUUCUACCGCAACUGCGUCAUCUCGGGCACCAUCGACUUCGUCUUCGGCGACGCGGCGGCCGUGUUCCAGAACUGCGUCCUGCUCCUCCGCCGGCCCAUGGACAACCAGCAGAACAUCGCCACGGCGCAGGGCCGCGCGGACGGCCGCGAGAGCACGGGCUUCGUCUUCCAGUACUGCCGCUUCACCGCCGAGGCGGGGCUCAGGGAUGCGUCCCGCCCGCCCAUCCGGGCUACCUCGCCCGCCCCUGGCGGGAGUUCUCGCGCACGCUCAUCAUGGAGUGCGACAUCCCCGCGUUCAUCGACAAGGCCGGCUACCUGCCGUGGAACGGCGACUUUGGGCUCAAGACGCUGUGGUACGCCGAGUACGCCAACCGGGGGCCCGGCGCUGACAUCGCCGGCCGGGUCGCCUGGCCCGGCUACAAGAAGGUGAUCAGCAAGGAGGAGGCCGACAAGUUCACCGUGCAGAACUUCUUGCACGCCGAGCCGUGGCUCAAGCCCACCGGGACGCCGGUGAAGUACGGCUUCUGGGCGUGA